UGAAAGUAUAUUUGAAAAUAUCCCCCAUGUCAUGUUCCUUGUGUUUUGGCAAUGAUCAGUCUGAAAAUUAUAGACUGAAAAUAUUUUUACACCACCUUUUAUCAAAUCUCAAAAGUCUGUAUCUAUUUCUGUUCUUAUUUCAGUAUUCUUCUUGCAGACUUUUGAAUCAGCUGUAGAACCAUGGGCUCAACCAGCACUCCAGAAGGAUGUAGUGCCUCCAUCAGCUCCAUAUAUUACAACUUGUGUGACCUGACUGCAGUGUGGGGGGUCACAGUGAUGGCCAUUGCUUCUGCUGGUGUGGUGACCUCCUUUGUCCUGUUCAUUGUCCUCAUGUCCAGCAUACCCCUUGUGACGGACAAGAAGAGGAAAGGGAUGGUGGCCCUGCAGGCCAGCGUUCUUGUAUCUGCUCUUGGACUCUUUGGCCUCACUUUUGCCUUUAUUGUGGGGCAGUAUGCCACUACCUGUGCUGCUCGGAGGUUCCUCUUUGGAGUUCUGUUCUCGGGCUGCUUUGCCUGCCUGAUGAUGCAUGGGCUGUGGCUCGCUCUAUUGGAGCGUCAAGGCCAAGGGCUCAGGAGCUGGAUGUUGUGCCUGGGAGCAGGAGCACUCUGGUUGGUGCAGGUGAUCAUCAACACAGAGUGGCUCAUCGUCACUGUGAUCAGGAGUCCCGCCAGAGGUGCUGCAGAUCUGGACCCGUCCUGCAGCAUUGAAAAUCAGGACUUUGUGAUGGCGCUGAUCUACGUGAUGGUUCUGCUACUUGGUGUGGUCCUGACAGCUGCACCCUCACCGACAUACAAGCACAAGCAAAGGCGUCGAGAUGGAACUUUCAUCCUAGUCACAGGACUGUUCACUUUGGCUAUCUGGGUAGUUUGGACUGUAAUGUAUAUCUAUGGGAACCAAGCAGUUGGGAAACCCACGUGGGAUGAUCCUACUCUAGCCAUAGCUGUAUUGUCCAAUGCCUGGGUAUUCCUUUUCUUCUACACCAUCCCACAGCUUUGCUUUCUGACUCAGGAGGAUCUAGACCAAGAGCAGCCACCUGAUGGCGACCAUGUCUAUCCUGCUAGAAGCCUGGUUUUUGAAAACAUUUAUAAUGAACCGGAACCAAUUCAGCAGAACAAGAACAUGGAAAAUAACACCUUCUCUAUGGAUGAACCCAAACCAGAAGCCAAAACGCCAGCAUCUGCACACAGUGGCAUUAAUGAGAUACGAUGUGUGUAUCAGCCCACGGAAAUCGUCCUUAUGACCAAAGGACUGGCAGCAGUGAUCUGCACCAAGACAUAAUUAUUCCACGGGUUAGAUUUCCUGUUUUGAAUCAAAAUAGCAGUGCACUCCCUGGUUCAUCUGGAUCUUUACCCCCGUCAGACCUGUCACAAGAACACCUAUCCAUGAAAUGAAUAUAUCUUCCACUGGAAGAUGCUUUUUAAGAGUAAAUAUUUGUGUUGACUUUUCACAUACACAUAUACUUACAGUGGGGCAAAAAAGUAUUUAGUCGAGAGGUCUGUAAUUUUCAUCAUAGGUACACUUCAAUUGUGAGAGACAAAUGAGAGGAAAAAAAAA